AUGAACAACACAUCGGAAGACGAAUGGAGGGUCAAGCUAUCUCCACUUCAAUUUAAGGUAUUGCGAGAGAAGGGUACGGAACGCGCAUUCACUGGCGAGUACGACAAGCACUUUGAUUCUGGUGUUUACACCUGUGCAGGUUGCGAUGCUCCUUUAUACACUUCUCAGCAGAAAUUCAAGUCAGGUUGUGGCUGGCCUGCGUUCUUUGACGCGAUACCAGGCGCAUUAACCAGACAUGAGGAUAACUCACAUGGUAUGACACGUGUUGAGAUCUGUUGUAAAAAUUGUGGAGGUCAUCUUGGUCAUGUCUUUAAGGGCGAAGGUUACAAGCAUACUCCAGACGACGAGAGACAUUGUGUCAACUCUAUCAGUCUGAAGUUCAGAAAUGAG